AAAUGAAGACGAUAAAUGUCUUGAUGAUUUUAUUAUAUAUGUUGGUGAAUUAAAAACUUUUAAUAUUCGUAUAAAAGAUAAAUCUGCCAAUGGACAAAUAUUACAAUAUUUACAAAGAUUAUUAGAUAUACAAGGUCGUAAACAAAUCUAUGGUUUUUUAACAAAUAUUACGCAUAUAAGAUUUUUUUAUGUUGAAAAGGAUCCAAUUUUUGGUGUAUAUAAUUAUUUUAAAAGUCGAACUUUAAAAAUGCUUGAUUAUUCAUUUAAAGAAAUAAGAAAAACAUAUGAAAACAACAACAAUAAAUAA